CCAUUUGACCGUGAAGAUCAUUGGGUUGUUUUUCUGGAGAGUUUAAUACUGUACAAUACUUGCUUUCUGGCAGAAGCUAACUGGGUGGCAAGUUCCAAGAACUAGAGUCCCAAUGUUGUCGCUAAUGUAAAUCAAAGGAGAUUGAAUAGUGAACUUUUCCAAACACAUUCAGAAAAUUCUACUGGCCUGCAUGUAGCUCAUUCAAAACGGAUUCAACGUUUUUUUAUUUUAUUUUACUUCAUUUAUUUACAUUUAAAACAUUUAUAUUUUGCCCUGUAUCUCAGGACGGAGUACAACAAUUAAACAAUAUCUGGAAUCCUGUUGGUGGGGCUGUUUGGGCAUAAAUGACAACGGCUUCAUCAGCCUGCAGUGUUAGUCUUUAGUUUAAUUUAAAACGUCUUGCAGCCUCCCACUCAGGUUCUGAGGCUCCCAAAGGAAACCUUUUGGAAGCAUCAUGAUGUGUUAGUGGUGGAGGGAGCCUUUUACUGUCCGUAUCAGUACUGUGGCAGCAGUUUUUGGAUAGUGAAGACUUCUUCACCUCAUCCCGAAAGCUUCUAAAGGCUUCCCCCAGUCGAAAAAGGGAUGCCUAGAAAGCCUCGGAACCUGAAGUGGGGAGGGGGUAAGGAGCUUUACACUGAGUCAGAUUAAAGAUUAUUAUUGCAGGCAGAUGAUAUUGCCAUUUAUGCUUGUUUAUUUUCCCAACAGGAUUCCAAGCAAGAUAAAAUAAUAUUUUUAAAACAUAAGCUACACAUUAAAACCAACAAUAAUAAAGCCUGCAUAUCCUAUUAAAGCCAUGAUGCUAAAUCCCAAAAGGCCUUCGUGAAUAACGCAUGUUUUAAGUUGACAGUGAUAGGAGAUUAAUGUAAGCCAUUUGUUCAGCCUCUAAGGCUAAAGCAUUCCAUAAAUGAGCCACAGCCAUGAAAGCCCUCUACCAUGUGUCUGCCUAGUGGAUCGUUCUUCCAUCAUGGGACACAGAGAAGUGUAUACAGAGAGAGGUAUCUCCUCAAGUAUCCAGGAGAACUGUACCAAUGAAGAAAUCCUCAACAGCUUGAAACACGUACGGCCUGGUUCUGGAUUUCAACCCAACUUCAUACUUUGUCAGAAAUGUGAAGUGAAUGGCAAGAACACCCACUCAGUCUUUGCCUAUCUGAAGGACAAACUUCCCUACCCAGAAGAUAACCCUUCCUGCCUCAUGAUGGAACCCAAGUUCAUCGUAUGGAAUCCAGUGCAGCGCAAUGAUAUUUCGUGGAACUUUGAGAAGUUCCUGGUGGGGCCUGAAGGAGAACCUUUCAAACGCUACAGCCCCCGAUUCCUCACUACCAAUAUUGAGCCUGACAUCCAGCGCCUUCUGAAGCUUGCCAAAUAAGAGGGGAGAAACAGUACUUCUAGAUUAUUCUAGUAGUUUCCCAUAGCAAGUCAAAUCAGAAGAGUAACUAGAAAUUCACUGCUCUGUGAUCAUGUCUGUCUUCUUAUAAUGUACUUAUAGAAGCAAAGAAAUGCCCAGACCCCAAUUAUUUUCUCAUCUUCUUUCCUAAGUGUACGAGCUGCUUCAUCCCAGCUCCAAAUACAGCCAACGUCAGACUUUUACUGUGUGAUGGUGCCCUCCUAAAGCUCAAAGGAGGGAGCCUGAAAAGUGUAAAGGUGUUGAUCCCCUGGCCUUUUCUUGCUGGGCAGUAUUUGUUUUAUAAGUCAAAAACAUGUUUAAGAACUCCUCCUUCUAUUUUCUUAUCAGACAGUCUCUUAUUAACAUCCGCCUGAAUAUAGCUGGUUUUGCUUCUCUUGCUGGUACUGACAAACCACAGCUCUUCACACUUCUGCCUUCAAAUGUCCCUUUCUUCAUAUUGUCCAGAAAUGCUAGUGUUUGUUUAUACACAGUAGUGCUUACAAACCUAAGUAGAUUCACUGAGAGCCAUUUACUGAAUAAUCUAUCAUUUCCUAUCAAAAACAUCAGAAUAUACUUCAUUAAAAGUUACAUGCUGCUAAUCCAGAGAAUGGCAGUGCUAGGGGUAGAAGAAAUCCACACUGCAGAAAUAUACAUCCUAGAAAGGGUGAGAGUUCUAGACUAAACAAAUUAAUCAUCUAAGUGUUCUCAAUGACCAAUUUCCAAAAAGGUUAAAUUAAUCAAGACUGUUAUAUCAUAUACUCCAGAACUGCUUGUGAAUUAUUAGUACUUACUGUCCAAACUGCCUGAAACCAAAAUGACACAAAAAGGCCCAAUAGUAUUCACCCAAUUUUCACUGCACAAACCUAAUUCCAAGAUUGUCAGAAAUAAAGAGAUCAAUGAUUUAAGGCAAUGUGAUAAGCGCAUAAUAUUGUGAACACGUCUGGUCCCUAAAAUCCAAAGUUUUGAAGUAACUACCUAUAAUUUUGUUAAUCAUAAUAAAAGUAAUUGCAAUGUACCUUUUUUCCAUCUCCAGUGUAACUUUAGUUAUAGUUACAUUAACACGGGAUGUGUGGCCUCACGACUUAGGUCUCUUGUGUAUCUCAGGCUCGUAGCACUAUGAAUUUUUUUUAAAUCAGCAAAAAAGUAACUGGUUUCUUUUGAAUAGUGUGAAAGGUGUUUGUUUGUUUAAUUGUAUCUGCCACAAUAACUAGCUACAUUUUGGAUCUCAAAAUAGUAACUAAAUGAUUUUUUAAAAAGUAACAUUCCAAGUUCUAUGAACACAUGUCUAGUGGUUCAGGAUGUAUCUGGUCCAUAGAGCCAGAGGUUAGGACUUCAUUUCUCCACUGUGCCUCCUUGACACAUAAGGUCCCUUUCAGCUCUGCAGUUCCAAGAUUAUUAUUAGAUUAUUAUGUCUAUAUUUAGAUAAGAGCAUCCAAAAAAAAUUUACACAAUAGGCAUAACCUGUAGAUUUAGUAUUUACAGAAGCUCAGAACCAACAGAGUGGGGCCAGAAGAACUUAAACAAAAUUGCAUCCAUUUGAAUGGACUGUGCUCAAGUCAUUACUGCAGCGGUUCCCAACCUAGGGUUUCCUAGAUGUUCUUGGACUACAAUUCUCAGAAAUCCUAGUCA